AUGUUGGCCUUUGCUUCGUCUCGGGAUAUCGCUCUCAUCGCUGUCACAGGAGGGGGUGCUAACGCUCAGUCGCGGCACAGUCGCGGUGCCGGUCUGUGCGCACACAAGAUGUCUCGUGCCGCGUUCGUGCUGGGGUCUGUGCUUCUUUCCUACUUCAGAAGUACCGUGGCUGAUGUUGAAGGGGCCCGGUGUGUCCGCGACGGCUACAACGGCACGUGCGUGCUAAGCAAGCGCUGCGAGACACUCAUCCUGGACUACAGGGAUAGAUCCUUCCCGCCGGUGUGCGGGCUUCGCGGCAAGGAGCCCAUCGUGUGCUGCACCGACUGUGAGCUCGUGGACAACAUCGAUAAUAUAUAUCUGACCAAAAAAUACGGCCGACUGGAAAAAAUAAACAAAAAAUCUUGGGACGCUUGCAUCGACAACGUUUUGAACAUACCAUCAUAUUUAUGUCAAAGCUCCACUACUUUUGACUUCGAUAAAUACUGGGAUGUUAAAAAAAAAUGUCACAAAAUAAAUCUGUCGUUGGUAGCACCGGCCGGCGGUAAAGACGCCGAAAGAGCGGAGUUCCCCUUCAUGGCGCUGCUGGGGUUCGGACCGAGCGCAGAGGAGGCGCAGUGGCUGUGCGGCGGGUCGGUGCUCUCCGCGCGGUACAUCCUCACGGCGGCGCACUGCAUCUCCGAGCCACGCCUGGGACCCUUGAAGUACGCAGCUCUCGGCAUCCUGAAGCGCUCCGACCCUCCUGAGAUCUGGCAGCGGCACACCCUCGCCCAGGUCAUCCCGCACCCCGACUACGCCUCGCCCUCCAAGUACCACGACAUCGCGCUCCUCAAGACCCAGAAACAAAUACAAUUCAACGUCAACGUGGUGCCCGCGUGCUUGUAUUCUGGUGAGAAGAAGCGCAACAUCGAUCCAAGUCGAGCUCUGGCCCUGGGCUGGGGUUACCUCGGACCAAAUACACAAUUAGCUGAUGUUCUACAGAAGGUUGAAGUGAGCGAGUUCACCGCUGAGGAGUGUUCGACACGCUACCCUUCGAACCGACACAUGCUCGACGGGUUCGACAACAGCACGCAGUUGUGCUACGGAGACCGCAAGAUGACGCGCGACACUUGCCAGGGCGAUAGCGGCGGACCCUUGAUCCUGCAUCAAAGUGAGGUGGGCUGCGCGAAGGCAGUGUUCGGCGUGACGUCAUCAGGCGUGGAGUGUGACGAAGCUACUGCAGGCCUCUACACGCGCGUCGAGCACUACAAGCCCUGGAUCGAGAGCAUCGUCUGGCCUUGAACACCUUUGACUAACACUAUGUAAUAAACUAUUGUUUACUUAUUGUCUUA